ACAAAAAUAAGCGCGCAAGACCAUCCCAAUUUUUGUGGAGUUUGAGAGAGAAAUAAAGGUUUCUUGCCUGCCAAGGCUAUGGAAAAAUAUGCUUACUUUGACUUAAAUAAUUAAUUGAUGUAGCGAUCCAUCAGCAGCUUUGGAGAAACAAAUUCCAGGCUUCCUUCUCUUCUGGACAUUAAAACUAAAAGUCAUUUGUCGUUGAACAAUUUAGCAUUCGCUCGCUCGCACAUCCGAUCCACAUUAAUUCCUAUAAAUUCCGAUUCCAACACAAUCCCAACUUGAACAUCUACGGCACAAAUUAAUAGCAGUCGGCAAUGUCCGGAGACGAGAUAGUCGUGGUUCCCUUCCCCCACCCCGGCCAUCUUUUUCCUGCCAUCGAGCUCUGCCUCCGACUCGCCGAACGAAAUUGCAGAAUCACACUCAUUCAACCCACCUCCUCAGCAUCCUCCGCCUCCUUUCUCCAUCCUCUCAUCAACACCGUUCAUCUCCCCAUCCCCGACUCCAUCCGCAUCGACCCUUCCUUCGUCGACACCACUUUCCCCAAAUUCCUCACCGAUUUCCUCGACGAACGCCGCCGAAGCUCUUCUCUCCCCAUCUGCGCCAUAAUUGAUGAGAUGGUCGGAUCGCUUAUCACCCCCUUCGUCGAUUUCGGCGUCCCUGCCGUCAGCUUCUUCACUUCCAGCGCCAUCUCCUCCGCGCUAGAACACGCCCUGUCACAAAUUGAGCCGCUCGACGUGGGAUCCACCGCAGUCUUUGAAGUCCCCGGCUUGCCCAAAGAAGUGGCUAUGUCCGCUUCCGACUUUGCGCACCACCAAAACGGCGGCCCGCCACCUUUGGGACCCCACCGGUCGCGAGAUGGGCGUCCCCGAAGGCGGCGGGAUGUAGCCUCCACGGACGGGGCGGUUGGGCUGAUCAUGAACACGUGCGUCGAUCUGGAGAGUCCGUUUCUAAAAUACGUGGCUCGUGUGGCUGCCAAGCCGGUUUGGGCCGUCGGCCCGUUGCUGCCCGACCUAUUUUGGUCGGCGUUGAGCGGGCCGGCUCGUGACGCAGCUGGCGCUAGAAGAGGAGGAGAGUAUGGUGUGAGUGAGGCUGCGGUGCUUGACUGGCUGGACUCCAAGCCACAAGGCUCUGUAAUAUACGUGUCGUUCGGAAGUCUUGUGGGUCCCAAUGAUGCAGAGCUGGAGGAACUUGCGGCUGGGUUGGAGGAAUCGGGUCGGUCGUUUAUUUGGGUCAUCAAGCCCGGUGCCCGUCAGCAUGAACCGGAUGGCCGGCCCAUUGUGACCAACGGGAGCGGGUAUUCAUCCGAUGGGUUGGAGAAGAGGGUGCAGGGGAGGGGAAUGGUAAUUAGGGGAUGGGCACCCCAGCUAGCUAUACUAAGUCACUCGUCAACGGGCGGGUAUGUGUGCCACUGCGGGUGGAAUUCGACGUUGGAGGCGCUCGGCUGUGGGGUGCCUGUGCUGGCUUGGCCUAUUAGAGGGGACCAAACUUACAAUGCCAAGUUGCUCGUAAGCCAAUUGCGAGUGGGAGUGUCGGUGAGGCCGGCGCCAGGGAAGGCGGUGACCAAGACUGAAGUUGUGCUGGGGAUUGAGAAGCUGAUGACUGAUGAGGAGAUGAGAAAGCGUGCAACCUCUAUUCGCUCCAUUUUCGCUCAAGAAUUACCUCUCAUCUCUUCUGCAGCUUUGAAUGAUUUCCUCGAAUUCUUAAGUUCAGAUAGCGAGAAGCAAUAUAAAUCAAUUUGAUCCUAUAUGUGCCAUGUAUCAUUUAUGUAUUGCCCGCAUCGAUCAAACCUCAGAGUUCAGUGGUGCAAGCAAGCAUAUUAUAUACUCUUUCCUAUUGUAUCGUAGCUCGUAAGCCUUGCUUUGAUGAACAGUUCUCAAAUCUUGAUUAGAUAGUCUCAAUUGAAUUAAAUGUAUUGGUUA